AUGCUCCGCGGCGACUUGUACUAUGCCUUUACGCCGGAUCUCAUCCAAGAUCGAAAGGAGUGCGCGAGGGCGUGUAGAAAGUUGAACACUGCUGUGGAGCCCACGAGGAGAGAGUUGGCUGAGAUUUGGAGAGAAAUCACCAGAGACCAAACCCCAUUACCCCCAAAAGCACCAACCGAAGAAGAAGACGAAGCACUCCUAGACGACUACCCAAUCGUCGAAGGGCCCCUGAAAAUGGACUACGGAUACAACGUCAGUCUCGGCAAAAAUGUCUUCGUCAACGCAAACAGCACCUGGAUCGAUACCUGCUCCAUCACUAUCGGCGCCCGCACCCUCAUGGGUCCCGGCUGCAGCUUCUACUCGGGCACACAUCCGCUGGACCACCGCGUGCGGAACGGCACCCGCGGCCCAGAGUCUGGAAAGCCAAUCGUCGUUGGUGAGGAUUGCUGGCUCGGUGGUGGCGUGACGGUCUUGGCGGGAGUGACGAUUGGCAAGGGAUCCGUGGUUGGUGCGGGCAGCGUUGUGACGAAGGAUGUGCCGGAGGGAGUUGUGGUGGUGGGGAAUCCGGCGAGGGUGUUGAAGAAGAUUGUUAGAGAAGAAGAAAAUGAUGCGGCGUGA